AAUGUUUUUGGAUGUGAAAUGCAAAUAAUAAUCACAACUAACGAAAUUUAUUUUUCGCUGAUUCUAUAGACAAGUUAAAAUUUUGGGACGUGACAAUCGAAGUUUACUUAGAGUGCAUUUCAAAAAAGUUUUUACCACUUAAUGGGAAUAUAAAUAAUUCAAUUUAUUCUGCCUAAGUACGAGCCCUUAUAAAAGAAAAUAUCUAGAAGCAAUCAUCAUCAACGCUUAAUGCUAUGAGUGUUCCCAUUGCACCCUACUCGGCAAUUAGUUUAAUUGAAAUAUUGACAGUCGUUAGAUUGCUGAUUUGUCAGUCAGUCGGGCGUUGGAAGUUGACUAUUAUAAACAGCACAUGUACGCAGGAUGAAUCCGAAGCUCCUGUCCAUCCUCCGAUACCAACGCUACCUGGGGCUCACGGACCUGGACUUCUUCGAUUCGCUGAUGCUUUACAGGCUCCACAGCACCUGGCUUUCAAUAGCGACUCAGCUUCUGGUCGUUGGGCUUUUCUUGUCAGCUUUAGUUGCCACCCUGGCCGAGUCUCUCUACUACAUGGACACCCAGUCCCAGACCGGCAACACCUUCGACAACGCAGUGAUGCUGGCCACCGCGGCCAGUCAACUGCUGGCCAACCUAUGGUUCCGCUCGCAGCAGGAGGCGCAGGUGGCCCUACUCCAGCGGCUUUCCCAGCUGGCGCGGCGCUUCCAGUUCCAGUUUAUGCCUCAAACCCGGUGUCUGGAUCGCGUCUGGAUGGCCGUGUGCCUCUUCUACGGGGCCAUGGUGGCCGGCUUUAGUCCCCAUUGGUUGACUGGCAUGCAGCUUAGCCACGCAAUCACUCUGCUGGGGUUCGCAGCUCGUUGCAUUAUCGCCAACUUCCAGAUCACUUGCUACUGCGGCAUGGUGCUAGUCCUGCAGGGACUGCUGCGUGCCCAGGUGGAGCAGCUGGAGGGUCUGCUGUCCAGCGCCUCCAUCUCAACGGCAGACCUGGCCGGCUGUUUGAGGGCCCACGAUGAGAUUCUCCUGCUGGGCCAAGCGGAACUGGUGGCGGUGUACGGCGGAGUGCUGCUCUUUCUUUCCGUCUACCAGGCCAUGCAGUGCGUGCUAAUAUUAUACAUCAGCAACUUGGAAGGGUUCAAAUCGAUCAACGAAAUGUUUUUCAUACUUGGCUGGAUGGCUCCGAUGGUAUUCUACCUCGUCCUUCCCCUAGUCGUUAAUGACGUACUUAACCAGGUGAGUUUACGUUAACGCUUGACUAACCAUCUUGAAAAAUCAACAUAGCUUUUGGAGUCCUGUGUCCCGACCAACUAGCACUCCUCGCUUUAUAAAGAAUGAACCAAACUAUGAAAACAUGAGAUAAAGUUAGAUCGCAUCGACCCCACAUUGGUUGGGAAUGUUCCACAGACUGUCCCAAGAAAAAUAUUAAGGGUAUAAAUAUUUUUCGUUUGCCUCAGCUUCGUGGAA